AUGGGUAACUCACUUGACUGGCAGAACCUCUCGGUGUGGGAGCUUGCGCAAGCCACCAAGACAAAACUCUCGGCCCUCCUCGUGGAUCCAGAAACCCAGAUGUUCCACAGCUGGCUCUUCGAUACCUUGAAUGACUUGGACGUCUACAAGAAAGCUGCCAAAGAGAUCCGCAAUAACCCUCACACAGAAGAUGCCGUUCUCGAUAAGCUGGUCCGCCACUGCCACAAGGCUGCGUGCCCGUGUAUAAGCCCGGAGACUCGUGAGGCUCGCAAGAGCGUUCUGAGGGUCUUGUUCCAGAAUCUGGAUGUCCAUUGGCUGGCUAGCCUUCUGGAUUUGAAGGACCACAAGAAGAAUCACCCGCUGGUCAAGCGGUUUAAGGAAGAAAUGAGGAAGAGACGGCGUGAAGAACGUCGGCAGAUGAGAAAGAUGCCCCUGGGUGCCCCUAAGAAUACACCCACCUCUAGUUUGGAGGCUGAGGUUGAAGACGACGGCGAGGGCGAUGUUGCCGAGGACGACGUUUCUAUUUCUGACUCUUUCUAUGAACGAGCUGCUGCCAAUUUCUCUACCUGA